AUGGCGGAUGAGGAGAUGUUCGCCGAUCUUCUGUCCGGCUUCCAGCCGGCAAGGAAGCCGGAGGAGGAGGAGCCGCCCAUGCCAUCGAUGAACCAAGUUCGCAAGGGCAAGAGCGACGCCUGCAUCACGGUUCAGCAGUCGUCUGAACACAUUGGGCAGAAGAUGCCUCCCCUGAUUCAGCCCCUGAAGAGGGAUGAGGUGGAGCGGAUCGUGCGGGAUGUCACGAGAAAGGUUAUGUUCGAGAGCCUGGGGGCUCUGACCAGCACGCUUAGGACGUGCCUGGGGGACUUGUCCGAGCGGCUGGGCAGGGUGGAAGAGGAGUGCAAACAGGUGAAGGCCGCGGUGGAGGUGUCCCGCGGGGACGCCACACAGGGGAGCGGGAGCGCGAUUCUCAAACUGGACGGCCUGGCCGUGGCGGUGAGGGACCAGGGCCUGCACCUGCAGCGCGUGCUUGACAAGCAGGAGUUGGUUGAUGCGCACAUGAUGCUGGCCAACCUUCAACAGGAGAAAGGGGGUGGCAAGGAAGCGAAGAAGGAGUGCAAGGAUGCUGGCGAGAGUGCUGACCACAAGGAGCGUAUAUCUGUGAAGACUGGCAAGAAAGAUGCACCAUCCAACGAGCAGCCCAAUCCUCCAGCGCAACCUGUGACUCCACCGUCGUCUGUUCCAUCUGCAGCCGGAAGUCAGCCAGUUGCCAAGGUGGUGCAGCAGCAGCAGUCGUCGCAGCCAGCCACCCAAUCUGUUCCCCAGCCGGUUGCCCAGCCAGUUGCCAAGCCGGUGGUCCAGCCAGUCGCCCAGGCGGUGGCCCAGCCGGUAGCCCAGCCUGUGGCCCAGCUGCCUGCCCAGCCAGUGGCCCAACCAGUGGCCCAACCAGCGGCCCAGCCGGUGGCCCAGCCAGUGGCCCAGCCGGUGGCCCAACCAGUGCAAAAGACAGUGGCCCCCCCACCUCAACACCAGCCGGCCUCGCCCCACGUCGCUGCCCCAGCCCCCGUCCAUCCCCCUCCCCAGCAUGCACCUCAGCAGGCCAUGCAAACACCGGUGGCGCAGAUGCCGCCCCCACCACCUCCUCCAGCUCCGGUGUAUGGAGCGCCUUCUGCUGGGCCCAUGCAGGCUGCCCCUCCGCUUGCCCACCAGCAGAUGCCAGCGUCAUUCCCGCCACAGGUUUCUCAACAGAUGGGCAUGCCUGCAUCUGGACCACCGCAAAUGCAGCCUCCCCCUCAAGUUGGCCCCCCGCGUGGGUCCCCCCAGAUAUACCAGUCCCCGUCCAUCUCUCAACAUCAGCGCAUGCCCCAAGCAACCCCACAGCAGAUGGGCCUUCCAGCAGGAGCCUUGCCGCUUCAGCAUGGAUAUUCGCUUGGCAUGCCACCCCCACAGCCAACCCCAGGACCUCCGCAGGAGCCUUCACAAUUUUCGAUGCCCCUGACGUCAGCGCGCUCUGGAGGAGCUCCCGCCUAUCCCCAGCUAAACGCGGGAAUGGGCAGGACAGGGAUGGCACCUCCCCUUUCUGGCCGGCCUGGCUUGGGGAUCGGGCAAGGGCAGCCACCGCCAAUGGGAGGCCCACCAGGUGGACCUCCUGGGAGCCAAUUCGAGGCCAGGACAACCACUCAGUCCGUUCCUCUGGAACAGGUGAUAAACGAUGUUACUGCCAUGGGCUUUGAUCGCACCCGGGUGAGGUCAAUCGUAACAGACAUGGUGAACCAAGGGAAGUCUGUGGACUUGAACGUUGUCUUGGACACACUCACCAGGUUCUGA